AUGGUAAGUAACAAAUGCUUACAUAGUAGAAGACCAGUAAAAUAUUCCCCCAAAAUUAAAUUUCUUUUAAAUAAAAAGGUUACUCUCAAAUUUAAAGCAAUUUUAAAGAGUUUUAUGCUGAAAUUUAAAUAUUUUUUGAUAAAAUGUUAUAAAAUGCAUACCUAACCAUUAAGUUAAAGUAGACUUCCUGCUCAAGUAUCAACAAAUAAAUUAGCAAAAGCCCUUCAAAACUCGAAUUACCUGCAAGUAAAAGAGAUAAACAGACAUGUUCGUUAGUUCAAAAUAUUGAAAAAAGUAUAUUAAGUUAUCCAAAAAAUCAUGUGAGCCAAGGAGAUAGUGAACUGAUCCCUUUGAUAGAAAAUUCAAAAGGGUUUAGUCAAAUAUACUAGAUUUUUCAAUUAUUUCAAUUCUAAAAACAAGAUAAGAAAAUCAAGAUUCUUAUCACAAAAAACUUUUAUUAUUAUUGGAUUAUUCCUUAAGUUUUAUAAUUAUGCGAAUGUAAUUUCUUUUUUUUAUUUAAAUUGUUUAUUUAAAGGGGGUGCAAGUGUAGGAAAGUAAUAAGAUUUGAUUUUGAUAAAUUUAAGGAAGGAUAUAAAAUUAAUAUUAGAGAUAUUUAAUCUAAGGUAAGUUGAAUUUGCACAAAAAAUGCAACAAUUAAUAGAAAGGAAAUUUACCUAUCUACUUCGGACACUUGAGGAGCAUGAAUAUACAUAAAUUCAAAGAAAAAUACAGGUUUUUUAACAAAAAUUGGUCAUCAGAAAGCUGCAGGAGCAUUAUUCAUUUUUGAUAUUACUUGCAGAAAUUCAUUUAAAAGUUUAGACCAAUGGCUAAAAGUACAAAAUCAAUUUAAUUUAUUAUAAUUAAAAAUUGAAUACAUCAAUAAAAGUUUUAUUUUGCUUGCAAACAAAAUAGAGCUUUAAGAAUAAAGAAAAGUAAGUAAAAUAAAAGCUGCAUAAUUUGUAUUCGAGCACAGUUUGGCAUAUUUGGAAACUAAAGCAAUUGAUGGCUAUGGCAUACAGUAAGAAAUGGAAUAAUUCCCAACUUCCACAUUGA